AUGGCGGCAGUCUCCAAACUCAGACCUGAAUCUGGCAGGGACACCUGGCUAAGCCAGAGUCUUCCCCUGGACUUGUGUUCCUGGCACCUGAUGCUCAUCGAGUCCCUAAGCCCCAUCAUGAGGCCCAGGGACAAUGGAGAAUAUAUGGUGAACUCCGGUGGGUCCUGCCUGAGUACCAGCACAAUGGCCAUGGCUUCCAUCAAUGGCAGCAGUGCAGUCGUGAGUGCCUUCAGCAGCAGCAGCAUCAGUGCCCGGCCUGCCAGCCCCAUGGACAUUCAGAUAUGCUCCCGAAAGAAGCAGGACAAAGUGAAGAAGAGGGUCAUCUGGGGCAUUGAGGUGGCUGAGGAGUUGCACUGGAAAGGCUGGGAGCUAGGGAAGGAGACCACAAGGAACCUGGUUCUGAAAAAUCUAUCCUUGAAAAUCCAGAAGAUUAAGUACAGGCCUCCCAAGACCAAGUUCUUCUCCACGGUCAUCCCUCAGCCCAUCUUCCUGAGCCCAGGCAUAACCCUCGUGCUCCCCAUUGUCUUCCGGCCUCUGGAGGAGAAGGAGUACACGGACCAGCUGUGGUUUGAAAAAGCAGAGGGGGUGUUCUGUGUGGACCUGAGGGCCACCCUGCCGUGCCACAAGCUGAUCUGCCCACCAUCCCUGCAGCUUCCCAUGUGUGCCGUGGGGGACACUGCCGAGGCCUGGUUCUGCCUGGACAAUGUAGGGGACCUGCCUACCUUCUUCACCUGGGAGUUCCCCAGCCCAUUCCAGAUACUUCCCACUACGGGGCUACUGGAGCCAGGCCUGGCCUGUCGGAUCAAGGUGACCUUUCAUCCCCUUAUCGCUGUCAUCCACGAAGUGCAGGCCACAUGCUGGUACGGGGAGGGCAGCAGGCAGAAGAGCAGCAUCCAGCUGCAGGCUGUGGCCAAAUGUGCUCAACUGCUGGUGAGCAUAAAGCAUAAGCAACCAGAGGACCAGGAUGCUGAGGGCUUCCAGAAAGUGUUGCACUUUGGCUCUGUUGCUGUGGGCUGCACUGCUGAGAGGCAGAUCAAGCUGUAUAACCCAUCAUCGGUGAACGCCCCCUUCAGGAUCGAAGUGGCCCCAGACGUGCUGGCCAAAGACCAGGCUUUCUCAUGCCCCAUGGCCCAUGGCAUUGUGGCCCCAGGAGAGAAGAAAUGUGUGUCAGUGUUCUUCCACCCUGAGACUUUGGACGUCAGGACUAUGGACUACUUCUCCAUCAUGACUUCUGGCUGUGCCUCCCAAACCCUGCUCAAAGUCGUUGGUUUCUGUCGAGGUCCUGCUGUGUCUCUGCAGCGCUACUGUGUCAACUUCAACUGGGUCAACCUCACGGAGCAUUCAGAGCAGCCCCUGUGGAUUGAGAACCAGUCAGACUGCACAGCCCACUUCCAGUUUGCCAUCGACUGCCAGGAGAGCGUCUUCAGCAUCAGACCUGCCUUCGGGACCCUGGUGGGCAAGGCCCGCAUGACCCUGCACUGUGCUUUCCAGCCCACUCACCCCAUCAUCUACUUUCGGAGGGUGGCCUGUCUCAUCCACCACCAGGACCCGCUGUUCCUGGACCUGUUUGGGACCUGCCACUCGGACAGCACCAAGCCAGUCAUCCUGAAGCCUCAUCAUCUCACUUGGUACCGCACACACCUGGCUCGGGGCCUGACGCUCUACCCCCCUGACAUCCUGGGGGCCAUGCUGAAAGAGAAGAAGCUGGAGCAGGAUAAGAACGGGGCCCUGAUGAUUCCCCCCGAGGGCCUGGAGGACGUGUCAGUCCCGCAGUACCCUCACAUCCCCGCCAUGACUGAGUACUUCUUCGACGGCACCAGCGAUAUGGCCAUCUUCCCCCCACCUGUCAGUAUAGAGCCUGUCGAGGUAGACUUUGGUGCCUGCCCCGGACAUGAGGCCCCCAACCCCAUCCCCCUGUGCCUGAUGAACCACACCAAGGGCAAGAUCACUGUGGUCUGGAAGCGCAGGUCUGACUGCCCCUUCUGGGUGACCCCAAACACCUGCGAUGUGCCCCCACUCAAGUCCACGGCCAUGCGCCUGCACUUCCAGCCGCCUCACCCCAACUGCCUCUACGCUGUGGAGCUCGAAGCCUUUGCUGUCUAUAAGGUCCUGCUGAGCUACAACAACAUCGAGGAGGACUGCACCGUGUGCCCAUCCUGGUGUCUGGUGGUGCGGGCGCGAGGCCACAGCUAUAGUGCUGUCCUUGAGCACCACAUCCCUCAAUAUUCCCUGGAUGCCCCCAAGCUAUUUCCCGCAGUGUCCUCUGGCGAGCCUUCCUACCGCAGCCUGCUCCUGGCCAACAAGGGCUCCAUGCUGCUGACCUUCAGCCUGGCCCCCAAAAGCAGCAUGGACAUCAGCCUGCGGCCCACCUCGGGCCUCGUGGCCCCUGGGGCCCACCAGAUCUUCCUCAUCUGUACCUACCCCAAGGGCAACUCCUGGAAGCAGCACAUUUUCUACCUGCAGUUCAAUUUUUGCCCCCAGUAUCUCAAGGAGGUGGGCAUGCAGAGCCGAGAGGAGCCACUGCAGCUGAAGCUGGACACCUGCAGGAUCAUCUACUUCAAGCCCACCCAGGUGGGCUGCUCCUCCACCAGCCCCUUCACCUUCCGCAACCCCUCGCGUCUGCCCCUGGAGUUUGAGUGGAGGGUCUCGCAGCAGCUCCGAAAGAUGCUGGCCGUCCAGCCCUCCAGGGGGCUCAUCCAGCCCAGCGAGAGCCUUACGCUGAUAUGGACCUUCAGCCCUUUGGAGGAGACCAAGUACCUCUUCCAAGUGGGGAUGUGGGUCUGGGAGGCUGGCCUGCCCCCACAUGCCAAACCCCCCACCACCACCCAGCAUGUGCUCCGGCUGGUGGGCAUGGGCAUCAGCAGCAGCCUCUCGGCAAAGGAAAAGGAGCUGGACUUUGGGAACAUGCUGGUGAACAGCAAGCAGUCCAGGUUCCUGGUCCUCCUGAAUGAUGGUAACUGCACCCUCUACUACCGCCUGUACCUGGAGCAGUGCAGCCCUGAGGUCAUCGACAAUGACCCCCUUGCUCUACAGCUGGAUCGGACAGAGGGGAGCAUGCCACCCCGCUCCCAGGACACCAUCUGCCUGACUGCCUGUCCCAAGCGCCGGGCCCAGUACUCCUGGACCAUCAGCUACUCUCUCCUCUCCCACAGAGAUAACAAGGCUGGAGAGAAGCAGGAGCUGUGCUGCGCUUCCCUGGCUGCCGUGUACCCCUUACUCUCCAUCCUGGGCGUCAGUUCCACGGGCGGGGCUGAGGGCAUCACCCGGAAGCACCUGUGGCGCCUCUUCUCCCUAGACAUGCUCAACAAUUACUUGGCACGUGACCCCACCCCCCAGGAGCUCACCUACAAGGUGCCCACCAGGCACAGCACGAAGCAGAUCCCCCCCAUCUUCACCCCUCUGAAGCUUGACUUCAAUUUUGGGGCAGCACCAUUCAAGGCCCCACCCUCUGUGGUGCUCCUGACCCUGAAGAACAGCGGAGUAGUGUCCCUGGACUGGGCCUUCCUCUUCCCAAGUGACCAGCAGAUUGACUUGGAGCUGUGGGCAGAGCAAGCAGAGUUUGACUGCACUGAGCUCCACCAGAUGCAUGUGCAGGACAACUGCAUCUUCUCCAUCAGCCCCAAGGCCGGGAGCCUGAGUCCCGGGCAGGAGCAGACGGUGGAACUCAAAUACAGCCACCUGUUCAUUGGCACUGAUCGCCUCCCUGUGCUCUUCAAGGUGUCCCAUGGCCGGGAGAUCCUGCUAAAUUUCAUAGGUGUGACAGUAAAGCUGGGGCAGAAGUAUGUGCACUUCACCUCCACCAGCCACCAGUUCAUCCCUGUCCCCAUCGGUGAAACGCUGCCCCCACGGCAGAUUUAUGAGCUGUAUAAUGGUGGUUCAGUGCCGGUGACAUAUGAGAUCCAGACCAACAUCCUGUCAUGGGUUCAGGAGAAAAAUUUUGAUCACCCCAUCUUCUGCUGCCUCAACCCCAAAGGGGAGAUCCAGCCAGGCACCACUGCUCAGAUCUUAUGGAUAUUCUCACCUAUCGAGGCCAAGACCUACACGGUGGAUGUGCCCAUACACAUCCUGGGAUGGAACUCAGCCCUCAUCAACUUCCAGGGAGUGGGUUAUGACCCCCAUGUCAUGGGGGAGACAGCACCAUUCCACAACAUCUCCUCAUGGGACAACAGCUCCAUACACUCUGGGCCGAUGGUUCCUGGACAGAAUGUCUUCUUGUCCCAGUCUCAUAUCUGCCUGGGAAACAUCCCUGUGCAGAGCAAGUGCAGCCGCCUGCUCUUCCUCAACAACAUCUCCAAGAAUGAGACAGUCGUCUUUGCCUGGCAGCUGAGGCCUUUAGACUUUGGGGAGGUGUCUGUAAGUCCCAUGAUAGGGGAGGUGGCUCCUGAAGAGACAGUCCCAUUUGUGGUGACCCUGAAGGCUUCAGUGCAUGCCAGCUUCUACAGUGUGGACCUGAUAUGCAAGGUGUAUCCACAGAAACUCAUGAAGCAGUACCAUGAGGAGAUGCAGGAGUGGGAGAGUGAGAAGGUGCGGCAGGAGGUGGAGUUCACCAUCACAGACAGGAAAGUGGAGAGAAGGGCAUAUUGUACAGCCUGUGAGCCUGUGAGAAAGUACAAGACGCUGCCCCCCAUCAAGAACCAGCAGUCUCUCAACCGGCCUGCCAGCUGGAAACUGCAUAUCCCAAAGGAGGAGACAUCCUGGCCAUGUCCCCAGCCGCCAACGCCAGGCAUGCUCUGCUUGGGCCUCACUGCCCGAGCCCAUGCCACCGACUACUUCCUCGCCAACUUCUUCUCAGAGUUUCCCUGCCACUUCUUGCACCGGGAGCUGUCAAAGAAAAAGCCCACCAGGGAAGAGUCGGAGACUUCUGAGGAAGAAUCACGUAAAAACAAGUGGGCCCCUGUCUCCAAGCAGGAGAAGCAGCUCCUGGUUGACUGCCUCACCACCAUCAUCAGGGGCCUGCUGGAAGACAAGAACUUCCAUGAGGCUGUGAACCAAAGCCUGGUGGAGCAGGUGCCAUAUUUCUGCCAGUUCUGGAAUGAGCAGUCGGCCAGGUCCAUGGCCCAGCAGAGCAGCCUGUUUUUAAUGCCAAUCAUGUCUCCAUCCUCCAGCAGCUGGGAUGGAAAGGGCAAGGAGCAGGAGAAGGACAGACCUAGUUUGGGGAAGAAGGAAGUGGGGGAAGAGGAGGAGAAGGGCGAAGAGGAAGAAGAGGAAGAGGAGGAGACAGAAGAGGAGGAGGAGUUGGGCAAGGAGGAGGAGGAGGAGAUGGAGAAGAAGAAGUUGAGCUGGAUGGGGAUUGAGGCCACAAUGCAGCCGGAUUCCCAGCAGUCCCUGCAACAGCAGUGGCAGCAGCAGCUGAAAGUCAUGGCGAAGGAGGAGCAAGAACUGGAUGAGAAGGCGGCCAUAGGAAGGCUCCCGGCCUUCGCCAACCUGCAGGAGGCGCUGCUGGAGAACAUGAUCCAGAACAUCCUGGUGGAGGCGAGCCGCGGGGAGGUGGUGCUCACCUCGCGGCCGCGCGUCAUCGCCCUGCCAUCGCUCAGCAUGCCCAGGAUUCUGACCCCGGACCAGGUGCUGCCGACAGAGCUACCCCGCCCGGUGGCGCCCCUUCCUACCGACUCUUUGCAGAAGCCCAUGCCCAGCCCCUCCAACAUGCCGACCUAG